CAGGAGGAGGGGGAGUUGCUGAUGGAGAGGAUGGUGAAGGGAUCAGGGGAAGGGGGUGGUGUGGAAUGGAGUUGGGACGGGGAAGCCAACCAGCUGAGGGUUUUAUUAUUGUCAAAGAAGAGUGAGACACAAGGAGAGUGGAGAGAGGAAGCAAAUAUUUGGUGGGUAAGGGGCUGCAGGGUGUUCCAAAUAGGGCCCUGAGGCUGGGGGCUUCUCCGUGAGACCCAGCUCCUGGUCCCCCAAGCCGAAAUGUCCUCAGAACAAAGCUCGCCUGUUGGGUUACUUGUCUGAGUUGGGGGAGGCAUGUUUGGGGGGCCCCCUUGCUGUAGAGGAGCUGUUUUUAGCCCCAGAGGGAAGGCCUUGGCUGAGGAGUCAAUUGACGCCCUGGGCUCCCGUUGCCCGGUGACAGGGAUGGCAGUGUUGGCAGCAGGACUGCACAACCCCACCCCAUUACCCGGCCAGCUUGGGGCCUGGCCCUCCUGGGCCCCUUGACCCUGCAGGACAUGUGAGAGCCUGUGUGCCGGGCACCCUGUGCAAUGGGUUCUCCAUGCAUUCCCGUCUCUGCCCUGUCUGCCUCGGAAGCUGCUCAGAUAGGAUUCUGGGCUUGGCUCCCAUUUAGGGAACCCAAGAUCCCAGGGUGUCCUAAGGCCCCUUGCCUGCAUCUCUCCACAGUCAGUAACUGUCCUCUGACUUGCUGAAUGGGGCUAUCUGGGUCCCUCCUGCUUCUGCUUGGCCCCUGUCAGUUCCUCUCCUCAACCUGUUGCCUGCCUCUCCUUUGCUAACCAUUUCUUUGUGCCUGGCUCCCUCCCCAUCGCCUUAUGUCCGUCUUCAAUGUGGUCUCUAGCUCGCAGUCUCUUUCUGUUUGGUCCCCUUUCAUUCCCACAGUUCCCUGUCCUCUCACAUCCUGUCUGUCUGAGUCUUCCUCUGUGUGUCUCUUGCUCAGUCUCUCUCUAGUUAAUCUCUACCAAUCCCUGACUCUCGGUCUCUAAUCAGUGUCUUUGAUGGGUCACUUCCGUCAGUGAAUGGGGGCAAGAGAGGUGAUGAAGGCAAGAGGGAAGGAUGUUGUGAGACAUGAUAAUUAAUGAGAAUUCUUACAAAAGGGAGGGAGAGCCUCUCUCUGUCUCUGUCUCUCCACCUCCUCAGUCUGGCUCUCUGUCUGUGCCUCCUUGACCCUGUGCUUAUUUUGUGUGUGUUUCUCUCUCACACUAGUGCCUGUCUCUCUCGUGCUGUCUCUCUGCCUCUGGUCUUAGUAUCUCUGUUCCCCCCAUGACCUGACUCUUGGGCCUGGGCCUGGCACAAUCUGUUUCUCUCACACACUCUCUCUCUGGGACACCCAGGCCUUCGCUGCCAUGCAACCUGUCAGUGUCUGGCAAUGGAGCCCACGGGGGCUGCUGCUGUGCCUGCUGUGCGGCUCACUCCUGGGAUCUCCCUCCCCAUCCACGGCCCCCGAGAAGAGGGCCGGGAGCCAGGGGCUGCGGUUCCGGCUGGCCGGCUUCCCCAGGAAGCCCUUCGAAGGCCGCGUGGAGAUACAGCGAGCUGGUGAAUGGGGCACCAUCUGCGAUGAUGACUUCACGCUGCAAGCUGCCCAUGUCCUCUGCCGUGAGCUGGGCUUCACAGAGGCCACAGGCUGGACCCACAGUGCCAAAUAUGGCCCUGGAACAGGCCGCAUCUGGCUGGACAACCUAAGCUGCAGUGGGACUGAACAGAGUGUGAAUGAAUGUACCUUCCGGGGCUGGGGGAAUAGUGACUGUACCCAUGAUGAGGAUGCUGGGGUCAUCUGCAAGGACCAGCGCCUCCCUGGCUUCUCAGAUUCUAACGUCAUUGAGGUAGAACAUCACCUGCAAGUGGAGGAGGUGCGGCUGCGACCAGCUGUUGGGUGGGGAAGGCGGCCCCUGCCUGUGACUGAGGGACUGGUCGAAGUCAGGCUUCCUGACGGCUGGUCGCAAGUGUGUGACAAAGGCUGGAGCGCCCACAACAGCCACGUGGUCUGCGGGUUGCUAGGCUUCCCUAGCGAAAAGAGGGUCAACGCCGCCUUCUACAGAAAGUUGAGGAAGCGAGCGGCCAAAGCUUCGGCCCGACACCCCAAGUUCCUUGGAAGGCUGCUGGCCCAGCGGCAGCGACACUCCUUUGGUCUGCAUGGGGUGGCGUGCGUGGGCACGGAAGCCCACCUCUCCCUCUGCUCCUUGGAGUUCUAUCGUGCCAAUGACACCGCCAGGUGCCCUGGGGGGUCCCCUGCGGUGGUGAGCUGUGUGCCAGGCCCUCUCUUCGCAGCAUCCAGUGGCCAGAAGAAGCAACAGCAGUCGAAGCCUCAGGGGGAGACUCGAGUGCGUCUCAAGGGUGGAGCCCACCCUGGAGAGGGCCGGGUGGAAGUCCUGAAGGCCGGCACGUGGGGUACAGUCUGUGACCGCAAGUGGGACCUGCAGGCAGCCAGUGUCGUGUGUCGGGAGCUGGGCUUCGGAAGUGCUCGAGAGGCUCUGACUGGUGCCCGCAUGGGGCAGGGCAUGGGUGCCAUCCACUUGAGUGAAGUUCGAUGCUCUGGACAGGAACCCUCCCUCUGGAAGUGCCCCUACAAGAACAUCACAGCUGAAGACUGUUCACAUAGCCGGGAUGCUGGAGUCCGAUGCAACCUGCCCUACACAGGGGUGGACACCAAGAUACGACUCAGUGGGGGCCGCAGCCGACAUGAGGGGCGAGUUGAGGUGCAAAUAGGAGCACUUGGGUCCCUUCGCUGGGGCCUCAUCUGUGGGGAUGACUGGGGGACACUGGAGGCCAUGGUGGCCUGUAGGCAACUCGGACUGGGCUAUGCCAACCAUGGCCUGCAGGAGACCUGGUACUGGGACUCGGGGAAUGUAACAGAGGUGGUGAUGAGUGGAGUACACUGCACAGGGACCGAGCUGUCCCUGGACCAAUGUGCUCAUCACAGCACCCACAUCGCCUGCAAGAGGACAGGAACCCGCUUCACGGCUGGAGUCAUCUGUUCUGAGACUGCAUCUGAUCUGCUGCUGCACUCCGCACUGGUGCAGGAGACCGCCUACAUCGAGGACCGGCCACUGCACAUGUUGUACUGCGCUGCAGAGGAGAACUGCCUGGCUCGCUCAGCCCGCUCAGCCAACUGGCCUUAUGGCCACCGGCGUCUGCUCCGGUUCUCCUCCCAGAUCCACAACCUGGGACGAGCUGACUUCAGGCCCAAGGCUGGGCGCCACUCCUGGGUGUGGCAUGAGUGUCAUGGGCAUUACCACAGUAUGGACAUCUUCACUCACUAUGACAUCCUGACCCCUAAUGGCACCAAGGUGGCUGAGGGCCACAAAGCUAGUUUCUGUCUAGAAGACACUGAGUGUCAGGAGGAUGUCUCCAAGAGAUAUGAGUGUGCCAACUUCGGAGAGCAGGGCAUCACCGUAGGUUGCUGGGACCUCUACCGGCAUGACAUUGACUGUCAGUGGAUUGACAUCACAGAUGUAAAGCCAGGGAACUACAUUCUGCAGGUGGUCAUCAACCCCAAUUAUGAAGUAGCAGAGAGUGACUUCACCAACAAUGCAAUGAAAUGUAACUGCAAAUACGACGGACACCGCAUCUGGGUGCACAACUGCCACAUUGGUGAUGCCUUCGGUGAAGAGGCUAACAGGAGGUUCGAGCGCUACCCUGGCCAGACCAGCAACCAGAUUGUUUAAGGUGCAACCACCCUCCUCUGCAAACCACCACUGGCCCCUAAUGGCAGGGGUCUGAGGCUUCCAUUACCUCAGGAGCUUACCAAGGAACCCCUGAUGUCCGCAGGCCCAUGGCACCCGUCUGGCUUGCAGUCUGGGUGGGAACUGUAAGCAGACAUCAUCGCUCUCCUGCCCAGACAAGCCUGAAUCUGCUCCAAAGCCCAGCACCACGCGGAGCACACACCACAAAGAGCAAUACCUGAUUAACUGUCCAGAACAGACAGCAGCAGCUCGUUUUUUUGAAUAGGGAGGUCAGAGUGGUCGAUUCCGGUAUCUCCUCUCAGUAAGGGAGGAUACAGCUUUACCUCUAGCCUUUUUGUGGGGGAAAAGAUCAGGGCUCCUCCCCCCUCAUUUUUGACUAUAACAUGUUGCUAGGUAUAAUUUUAUUUCAUAUAAAAAGUGUUUUUGCGAUUCCUCAGA